AUGGUCAACAUAUGGUGUGAACGACUUCUUUCGUGCUUGCUUUUUAUAGUGAUUAAAUAAGUGAAUAUGUUAAAGUUCACAAAUUCCUUAGCAAAUAUUACUCAAAAUGGAGCGAUUCAACGCCAAUUUUCUUGUACGGUAAUGCGAGCAUUGGAUUACAAAUGGCGUGAACAGAGAGGUCUGCCCGAGAACCCCAAUGCAUUUGGCCCGUUGACUAACUUGCCGGACUACAGUUUCUUGGACGGACGUCCCACACCACUCGGUGCCAACCAGAAACGACGUUUGAAGAAACAACAAGAGAUCGCGGCUAAAAUUUUAACCCUAAGUAAUGAAUUGGAUUUUGCGAAAAAGCGCUAUGCGCGUAUACAAGCAGAGAAGGCAGCAGAAAAAGAGAAUGUGCUUAAAGGCAAACUUAAACCAAAGGGUUACAUGUUGUUGAAAAAGGAAUAAUUUGUUAAAUUUGUAUUUGAAAUUGAGUAAUUAGUUUAAUUAAACAAAACAAUUGGCAGUAAA